AUUAUUCCCUUCGCACGGGAUAGUCACGUCAAAACAUUAUUCAACGUUUCAUAAAAAUGGCCGUCUGUUCCAGCUCGGUUGUGGUUUCGGGGUAUUUUCUCGCUGGUAGAAAGUGAAUUUUCGGUGAAAGUAAGGUGUUGCAAAGUUUUUGGAAAGUGGUUUUCGAAAAGAAUCGAAUAUGUCCAAAGUGGUUCCCGAAGGCAACGAAUUUUGAUUAGAGGAAAGCAGCAGUGGAAAGUUCUACGCCCAUUUUCCAAUUUCUAAUUACCUACAUCUUGUUGCAUCAAAUAUAGGAUUUAUGUGAGGAUGGUUUAAAUACAAGAGUCAACGAGGAAAACCACAUCGAAAUGUUGCUGUUUAUUCUAACAUCAUUUGUCGCAUUCCCUAUCUUCACUUCCGAAUGCAUACAAAAUUCUCGAUAGAACAGAUCACAGCAUCAUAAACAAAGUCAAAACCGAGGCCAAACGCAACGAAUUGUUUGAAGCUUACAUCCACCAAAAGAUACUUUAGGAAUACAGUACAAAGUGAUCCACCGGCAACGGGACCUCACGCCUAAGGGGGUGUGUUUGAUCGGAUAUUAUGUACGAUAAGGGGAGCCCCCCUAUGAAAGUGGCGGGGGGCUCCAUGGCAUCUCGGACUAAACGCGCGAAAAAAAUCUCCUGGGGUGCCCGGGAACGGGCUGGCAUGAGCUUCCUGAUCGUUAUAGCCUUUUUUGCUAUAUUUGGCCUGAUCAUUCUAACAGAGGUGCUGAUGAUUGAUGAUCGGGGACGGGGUGGAGGAGUAAUCGUGCGCCAUGGAAGCAGUGGCGGCCGCUUUGGGGAAUCCGUUCCGGAUUAUGACGACGUGAAGGAUGAUUAUUUGGACGACACUGGAAUUUUCGUGCGAGAAACUAAAUAUGGCAAUGCGGCAAUCAAAAAUAUAUUUAAAAAUAAAAAAGUAGACACUAAACAGUCUAUUGGCAUGACCGCGCAAUUAGAUCCAGCGGAGCAACGUAAUCCUCCAGUCAUCCCCUGGGGUCAGAUAUUACCGUCGAAAACAGAGCAAUCCCUGCCGAAGUAUCCCGGUGAUAUGCGUCCUAGCGAUGGUUCGUGGGAAGUGGUGAACGGAACGAGAUACAAGUUUUUCGUCUUUUCCGCCUUUUAUGACCGCCGGGAUGGGAAGCUGGUGCGGAUAAUUGGUGCCACAAAAACACGAGGUCCCGAGAAAGUUUGGUGUCGCUUCUGGUACCAGACAGGGGUUAACAGCACCAAGUAUCGGUCGGCGUCUGUGAUGGCAAGAGUUAAGAUUAUACGAGAGAACUGGAAUCUCAAGUACAGCGCGUGCUUCAUUCUGUGUCCAAUACGAGGACCUUUCCCGGAGAUUCCGUACGCUGUUAGUGUAGUUAGUAAAAUUAGAUCACCUCCUGGAAAUGUGUUGCUGCUCAGAAACACUGAUAAUGAUCCCGAUUUUAACAACAGAACUUUUAGCAACAUUCCAAACAGCAUUGGAGUAUGCGUGAAGCCGCUGCAUUUUAACUACGAUCAGGCACUAUAUCUACUGGAAUUUCUUGAACUAAAUAACCUGCUAGGAGUUUCACAUUUUACGUUCUACAAUCACACAAUUGGUCCGAAGGCUAGUUGCAUUCUGCAGCACUAUAUUAGCGGUGAUUUGCCACCGCUGAUCACCCCAUUCUCAGCCACGAACCGUGGCCAGCCCAGCAGAACGACAGGCACCGGACAGACGGACAGCAACGACGUGGACAUGGCGAUGACGCCUACGAAGCUAAAUGACAAUACAUCGUAUCAAAAGCCGAAAAUUACUGUAAAUAUUCUGCCGUGGAAUUUGCGCAUGAGAUCUCAAAAGGAGAUACGCACCGAGGGAUUGUUUGCAUCGUUGAACGAUUGUCUCUACAGGAGCAUGUAUAGAUAUUCGCACGUUGCAUUGAUUGAUCUAGAUGAGUUUAUAAUACCACACCACAACGACACGUUAAUCGAUCUAAUCAACUGGUUAUCGAAACGGAUUAACAGCCGAAAUACGGGAGCUUACUCUUUCCAGAAUGCUUUCUUUUAUUUGCAAUUUGCCGACGACAGCAUUUUGUUUGACGAAAGUACGGGAAACACUAAUUUAAAGGUUGCCCUAACAACUCAACGGAAGACCAGGAGACGGUCGAAGUUGCAUCCGCAGAAGCAGCGAUCAAAAUACAUCUGUAAGCCAGAGGCAGUGAUCGAAGCUGGCAAUCAUUUCGUGUGGGAGUUUUGUCCGGGUCGAGGAUCGCUUAAUGUGCCUGCCGAUGCAGCGAUUUUGCAUCACUAUAGGGUGUGCGAAUUCGGAGGUGACGAUUGUAUCAAGUCUCCCUCGGUAGUUGACCGAACGGCACAUCGGUAUUCCAAGCGUCUGCUGGACAGGGUCGGCACCGUGUACAGCUAUCUCAAAGACACCUGUAAUCUUCCAGACAUUCCGCAAACUCCAACGCAACCUCCGCCGACACGCAAGAAGCAACUCAAAAUUCGCAUCCCUUUUAGGCCACAGGCUGCCGCGGCUCCAAAGGCUGGCAACACUGUAGAUAGUAUCAAAACGACGAACGCUAGCAGUAACAGUAGCAGCAACAACAGCAGAAGCACGUUUGCAGACUCGUUAAUCAAGGUGAUCUCGAAUCGUCAGGUGUAAUCUAGCUCUCGACGGACGGUUGGAGAAGAUAUUUUUAUAUAGCAAUUUAGAGGCGCAAAGAGCAUCAAGCAAACUCGCAGGUUAAUCGUUUUUAUUCCAAUAUUGAAAAGUCUUCAAAAUAAUAUUAUCGGCAGCAGAUACCGCAGGGUAUCAGUAGCAAAAAAUAACGAAUCGUGACAGCACAAUCUCUCAUUUGUUAAUAUUAGCAAUGAUACUUAAGAGAGCAAAAUACAAAAUAUGAUCUAUCUAUAGUGAACUGGCAUCCCGGUCCGGUCAAGUUUGUGUUAGAGUUGGCCCCAGCCUGACUAUCACUAGACACUAGUGAUCACCGAUAAUCGUUUGAUUAAUCGAUUAAUCGAAUAUUUCCUACAGAAAUCGAUUAUUCAUCGAACGAAUACUGCGCAACCAAUAAUCGAAGCGAACGAAUAAUUUACGUCGAUUAAUCGAUCCAAACCCAGAGGAAAAAAACGUAUGGCCGCUGCCGUUUUAUCCUGAAAAUCAAUUAUUAUCAUAAAAGAUAAUAAUUAAUUUUCAGGCGGAAUGAAUACUUUUUUGAUUCUAGAUGGCUUUCUAGCAAAUGAGAAAUAUAAGUCUAACUUAUUAUUUCUUUUAGUGUGAGGAUCGAUUAAUCCAUUAUUUGGGACGAUUAAUCGUAUCGAAUAACAAACUGCUGAAAUGUAUUCUGAUGAACGAUUAAUUUUAAAAAAUCGGGAAUCACUACUAGAAACAAUGCUCACUUUUAGAACGUUCUUAGGGCGGCUGUUCGUUUCGAUGGCCUAUUAUAUCGCUUCUUAGUUCACUCGUUACACUUAACAAAGGCAGUAUACAGUUUUAUUCAACCCUAGUAAUUAUAAGUUUGAGGAAUCGAAUUCAACUGAGGGACAAACACUUAACGAACUUAAUGGGAUGUAGCGUUAUUUUCUGAAUACAUAGAAGAAAAAUAGAACACCGCAUAUCAAGAUAGAUUUUAAAUUCCAAAUUUAGUUAUUAGUAUGAAUUUUCAAACCGCGAGGAAAGAUGAACACUAAGGAAUGAUAAUCUUUAGCUCAAGCCAAAUAUUCUAACAGGGGAUUUGUCUGCCCACGGUACGAUUUAAUAAUUAUUUUGAAGCGAAAAGCGCGGAUCAUACUUGAUGCUAAUGAUAGAACUAAACAUAGCAGUACGAUUUGAUGCAAUAAAAAUAUCAACAUGGGUGUUUCAGGAUGGAGAAUUGAAAAAAUGAUGAGAUUUAAAGGAAA